GUCGGUAAAGUCAUGACUGCAACCCGCCGUUACAACAAAAGAAGAAGAAGCCGAAUCAGCUUCCGGUUAGCAUUUCCGGAUUGUCCUUUCUCAUGUCUGGUGUUGUGUUUACAAGCAAUUCGUGUGAGUAAUUGUGCCCAAAGAGAAGCCGAAAUAUGAAUCCUGUCUUACGCAAGCAGGUGCUUAGGCAAGCGACGUUGCUCUGCAGGGCUCAGACAUGCACCCACCAGCUUCCUGUUUGGGGUGGUGUUGCUUGCACACAGGAAAGACAAUACAAAGGUGCCUCAACAGAAGGCAUCGGCAGAUGGAAGCAUCUUUUACCCAAAGAAGGGCCAAGGAAGAAGUAUGUUAAACAUCAGAUGCAGAGCAUCACUGCUGCCACCAGCACGGCAUAUGGGACUCUGAACAUCAACGUUUCGGGCUACGACAUGACGACGGUGGAACACUACAGCCAGUACAUCCACAACCUAUGCAUUUGGCUCAGCAUCAGCGUGGCAGAGAGCUACGCACUGCCAACACAAACCACAGAGGUGAUGCUGAUGCAGGAGCAGGGCACCAAGAUGUACGUGGACUCGAUUCUAAAGACCCACAAACGUGUCAUUCAGCUGAGCAGCUUGAAGGCGAGUAUGUGCCCCAUUAUGAUGGACGUGCUACUGAAAAACCUGCCGGAAGGGGUCCAACUAACAGUGAAGGAGCACACCGAGGCUGACUACCAAGCCCGCUUCAAGUCUCGUCCAGAUCUGGACGGUCUUUUAGCUCAGAUUAGGCAAUAGGCAGCUUGCGUCUAAGAUUUGUUGUUAUAUAACACCAUGUCUGUUGUUUCCAGGUCAAUUUUUUUUUAUUGUUGGCUACUGAUAAACUUAGAUUCAUCACAAAUUAAAGAGGUCCUAUUAUGCAAAACCAA